UGAAACUUCACCUUUUCGUGGGAUAUUUGAAACGGUCGCGACGCGGUCACACUGUCUGGGUGUCUUGUUGAAAAAAUCAUAACAAAACUUAUUUUCCCAUCAAGAUGUGGUUCGAAAUCCUACCUGGUGCCGUGAUCAUCACCACACUCCUGUCGGUGCCCAUAUACGCCAUGUACGGCCUGCAGAAGGUCACGAUUGGCAAUGCCUUCCGUCGCAACAUGGACGAGCGCUUCAGCCGAGUGAUGUACCAGCGCGAUUUCCGACUGACCGACAAUCCCUAUUUGAUGAACGGACUCGAGCAAAUUCCUGAUGAAGAGGAGGACCAGAAGGAUAAUCAGGAAUGCGACGGGGACUACGACGAUCCCGAGCUCUUGAAGAAACGUAAGAAAGAGGAAAAAUUGAGGGAGAAACAGCAGAAAGAAGAGGAAAAGAAGCAAAAGGCGACAAAGUAAUAACAGUAAACAUUUCGGCCUUAUAGUUCCCAAUCAGAAUAAAGGACUCUCGGCAUUUGCCGCGCGUUUAA